UUUGAGCAAUUUAGAUUCCCACUCUUGCUCGACUACCAGUACCGACCAGAAUAUAAUGGAUAUCCGCGUACACAUACCCUUGUUUCCCCGUUGUAUUCUCCGGGUCAGACUGGCUAUUCGAAGUUUCGAACGAUGCCACUAGCCAGUGGAAAAUAUCCCAUUUCAAAAUAUGUCAUGAGUUUCUCAUCUGACAUCCAAUUCUAAAAGAUUUGUUACAUUUCGUCGUGUCAAUCGUUCCACCUCACAGUCACUCCUUUAACAUCUGAAGAUGAAGUUUUCGUCGUCCAUUCUUUACUUUCCACUUUUGUGUACGAAUGCCCUGGCAUUUCCAACUCUAAAUGCAUCGCCCAAAUCUUUUGAGAGAGCCUCAGGAAACAGCUGGUACGAGAAUCUGAAGAGACAAGUUGAGAAUCACCCAGAAGUCAAAAAAAGAUUGUUGGUUGAUUCUUUGACCACUCCCAUUGAUGUCACUGGAGACCAUGUAUUUGUUCCACCUGACUUCGAAAAUGGGGACCAGCGAGGUCCAUGUCCAGGAUUGAAUAUGCUCGCAAACCAUAACUACAUUCCCCAUAAUGGUGUCGCUUCAAUGGUAGAAAUCGUCGCUGGUGUAAAUUCCGUAUUCGGAAUGGGAAUUGAGCUUAUCACUGUCCUGGCUAUAAUGGGGACCGUCGGUGUCGGCGACCCUAUUUCACUGGACCCCGGGUUUUCGAUUGGAGGCUACACUCCGAAGGUCGCUAACAUCCUCGAUAAUCUUGAUGGUCUUUUGGGAACUCCUCGUGGUCUUGACAGAGCCCACAAUUGGAUCGAAGCAGAUUCCUCGAAUACCCGAGACGACUUGUAUGUAACAGGAGACGCAUCGACAAUGAACAUGACUCUAUUUUUACAAAUUGCCAAUGGAUCCGACUCUGAAGUCAUCACAAUGGAAGAUAUUGGAAAACGUGCUGCCGACCGGCUCGAAGUCAGCAUAGCCACCAACCCUUAUUUUUACUACGGACCCUACACCGGCAUGAUUGCACGAAAUGCUGGAUAUGCAUUCUCUGGUCGCCUUUUGAGUAACCACACCACCGAGAACCCGGAAGGAAUUAUGACUCAUGGAUUAAUGCGCACUAUGUUCGGCGUCUACUCCGAGAACGGAGAAUAUGUAUACAAGAAAGGCUGCGAGCAAAUACCUUCGAAUUGGUACCGCAUCCCCGUUGACUACGGAUUAGUACAACUUAACCUGGAUAUUGUUGCUUGGAUGGCAGCAAACCCAACACUGGUAAGUGUUGGGGGCAAUACCGGUAAAGUAAAUACUUUCACUGGUCUUGAUAUCAGUAAUGUCACCGGUGGCGUUCUCAAUGUCGAGGCUUUGUUGGAGGGCAAUAAUUUGAUGUGCUUUGCCCUUGAAGUUGUCAAGACAUUCGGGCCCAAUUCUCUUUCGCCUUUGUUUGCUACAAUUGCUGUACCCUUGCAAUUAUUGACCGAUGCUCUUGAUACAUCAAUCUUGGCUCUUGCUGGGUGCCCAGUCUUUGCCGACUUAAGUAUGGAUGGAAAAUCAUUGUUUGAAGGACUUCAGGAUACUUAUCCAGGCGCUGCGAAAAGUGGUGUCGCAUUCUAGGGGGUGGAAAGCUGUAAUUUGGGGUUUGGUGCUUGGAAAUCAUUGUUAGUUAUAAUUUUAAUAACUGCAGCAUUGCAUAACUGUUUUGUUCUUUUAGAAAUGCAGUGCAAUCUACCUCGUCCUUGGAGCUAUAGAAUUUCUUCAAUGAUCCAAAACGAGGCCUUGCAAUCUGUUUUAUAUAAGCCUACUUAUUCCACCUUGUGCUGUUCAUAAUGUUGUUGCAAUGUACACGCCGACGAGGUAACACUAUGCUUAGAUGCAUGUUUGUUCGAAUCAGUUACACUGUAAGG